UGCCGGUUCUUCGCCGGCCCGGCGGCAGCAGCAGCGGGGGUGGGGAAACCCGGGGCCCAGGCUGGGGAACCGGUCGCAAGGGGGCCGGCCGGAGGCGGAUCCACUGGACUUGAUACCCCAAGUCCCAGCUUGCCGCCAUCAUGUCGAGCACCGUGUCCAUCCUUCAGCAAUUUGCCAGUGGCCUGAAGAGCCGCAAUGAAGAAAUCAGGGCAAAAGCCGCCAAGGACUUGCAGCAUUAUGUCACCAUGGAGUUCCGUGAGAUGAGCCAGGAGGAAUCUACCCGCUUCUACGAUCAGCUGAAUCACCACAUAUUUGAACUGGUCUCUAGCUCUGAUGCAAACGAGAGGAAAGGAGGCAUUCUCGCUAUAGUGCUGUUGAAAGGUGCCGGAUUGACAACCCUGGACACUGAUGGCCUCUUUAUCUACAGAGCAGCAAGCCUUAUCGGUGUUGAGGGAGGCAAUGCCACCCGCAUUGGCAGGUUUGCCAAUUACCUUCGGAACCUCCUCCCCUCCAAUGACCCCGUCGUCAUGGAGAUGGCGUCCAAGGCCAUCGGGCGCCUUGCUCUGGCAGGUGAUACCUUCACGGCGGAAUAUGUGGAGUUCGAGGUGAAACGGGCUCUGGAGUGGCUGGGAGCUGAUAGGAAUGAAGGUCGAAGACACGCAGCUGUUCUGGUCCUGCGUGAGCUGGCAAUCAGCGUGCCCACCUUCUUCUUCCAGCAAGUGCAGCCGUUCUUCGAUAACAUCUUUGUUGCUGUGUGGGAUCCCAAACAGGCCAUCCGAGAGGGAGCCGUGUCUGCCUUACGAGCCUGCCUUAUCCUCACCACCCAGCGGGAGCCAAAAGAGAUGCAGAAGCCCCAGUGGUACAGACACACAUACGAAGAGGCAGAGAAAGGUUUCGAUGAGACUUUGGCCAAGGAGAAGGGUAUGAAUCGUGACGACCGAAUCCACGGUGCCUUACUGAUCCUCAAUGAAUUAGUGAGAAUCAGCAGCAUGGAGGGAGAGCGCCUUAGAGAGGAGAUGGAGGAGAUCACGCAGCAGCAGAUGGUGCACGACAAAUACUGCAAAGACCUGCUGGGCUUUGGUACAAAGCCUCGCCACAUCACCCCUUUCACCAGCUUCCAGUCUGUACAGCCCCCGCAGUCGAACGCCUUGGUGGGGCUCCUGGGGUACAGCCCGCAUCAAGGAAUCAUGGGGUUUGGAGCCUCGCCUGUCCCAGCAAAGUCAACGUUGGUCGAGAGUCGAUGUUGUCGGGAUCUGAUGGAGGAGAAGUUUGAUCAGGUGUGCCUCUGGGUUUUGAAGUGCAGAACCAGCAAGAACUCUCUGAUCCAGAUGACAAUCCUCAACUUACUGCCACGGCUGGCUGCUUUCCGGCCUUCUGCGUUCACAGCUGAUCAGUACCUUCCAGACACAAUGAACCACAUCCUGAGCUGUGUGAAGAAGGAGAAGGAGCGAACAGCAGCCUUCCAAGCCUUGGGAUUGCUGUCUGUGGCCGUGAGGUCUGAGUUCCAGGCCUACUUGCCCAAGGUCCUUGAAAUCAUCAAAGCAGCACUCCCGCCAAAAGAUUUCGCCCACAAGAGGCAGAAGUCCAUGCAGGUGGAUGCCACAGUCUUCACCUGCAUCAGCAUGCUGGCACGAGCUAUGGGACCCUGCAUCCAGCAGGACAUCAAAGAGCUUCUGGAACCCAUGUUGGCCGUGGGACUGAGCCCCGCUCUGACCGCUGUGCUCUAUGACUUGAGUCGUCAGAUCCCCCAGCUGAAGAAGGACAUCCAGGACGGGCUGCUAAAAAUGCUCUCUCUCGUUCUAAUGCACAAACCUCUCCGGCACCCAGGCAUGCCCAAGGGCCUGGCCCAUCAGCUGGCCUCUCCCAGCCUCACCAACAUCCCCGAGGCCAGCGAUGUGGGCAGCAUCACCCUCGCCCUGCGCACACUGGGCAGCUUCGAGUUCGAAGGCCAUUCUCUGACCCAGUUUGUCCGGCACUGUGCGGAUCACUUCCUGAACAGUGAGCACAAGGAGAUCCGGAUGGAGGCGGCCCGCACCUGCUCUCGCCUUCUCACGCCCUCCAUCCACUUGAUCAGUGGACAUGCCCAUGUGGUCAGCCAGACCGCAGUGCAGGUGGUGGCAGACGUUCUCAGCAAACUGCUAGUGGUUGGGAUAACAGACCCAGACCCCGAUAUCCGUUACUGUGUGUUGGCCUCCUUGGACGAGAGGUUUGAUGCCCAUCUUGCCCAGGCAGAAAAUCUGCAGGCUCUCUUUGUGGCCCUGAACGAUCAGGUGUUUGAAAUCCGAGAGCUGGCUAUCUGCACCGUGGGCCGGCUGAGCAGCAUGAACCCUGCCUUUGUCAUGCCUUUCCUGCGCAAGAUGUUAAUACAGAUCCUGACGGAGCUGGAACACAGUGGUGUUGGCAGAAUAAAGGAGCAGAGCGCCAGGAUGUUGGGUCACUUGGUCUCCAAUGCCCCACGACUCAUUCGUCCAUACAUGGAGCCUAUCCUUAAGGCAUUGAUUGUGAAACUGAAAGAUCCUGACCCAGAUCCAAAUCCAGGGGUGAUUAAUAAUGUCUUGGCUACCAUAGGGGAGCUGGCACAGGUCAGUGGGCUGGAGAUGAGGAAGUGGGUGGAUGAGCUCUUCAUCAUAAUCAUGGACAUGCUCCAGGACUCCUCCUUGCUGGCGAAAAGACAGGUGGCUCUGUGGACACUGGGACAACUGGUGGCCAGCACGGGUUAUGUGGUGGAGCCGUACAGGAAAUACCCAACUUUGCUGGAUGUGCUGCUGAACUUCUUGAAGACCGAGCAGAACCAGGGCACUCGGAGAGAGGCUAUCCGUGUGCUGGGACUGCUGGGAGCUUUGGACCCUUACAAGCACAAAGUGAAUAUUGGCAUGAUUGACCAGUCGCGAGAUGCUUCGGCUGUCAGCCUGUCGGAGUCUAAAUCCAGCCAGGAUUCUUCUGAUUACAGUACCAGUGAGAUGUUAGUGAACAUGGGAAACCUCCCUCUGGAUGAGUUCUACCCUGCUGUCUCCAUGGUAGCGCUGAUGAGAAUCUUCCGAGACCAAUCCUUGUCCCACCAUCACACUAUGGUAGUCCAAGCCAUCACCUUUAUUUUCAAAUCUCUCGGGCUGAAGUGUGUGCAGUUCCUGCCCCAGGUCAUGCCGACGUUUCUCAAUGUAAUUCGGGUUUGCGAUGGUGCCAUCCGAGAGGUAAAAGAAGAUGGUGAAAGUGUACUGGGGAGAAGAGCUGAGUUCCUGUUCCAGCAGCUAGGAAUGUUGGUGUCUUUUGUGAGGAGCCAUAUUCGACCCUAUAUGGAUGAAAUUGUCACCCUUAUGAGAGACUUCUGGGUCAUGAACAAUUCUAUACAGAGCACAAUUAUCCUACUUAUUGAGCAAAUUGUGGUGGCUCUUGGGGGCGAGUUCAAGCUCUAUCUGCCUCAGCUUAUUCCUCACAUGUUACGGGUCUUCAUGCACGACAGUAGCCCAGGACGCAACGUCUCUGUCAAGCUGUUGAAUGCGAUCCAGCUGUUUGGAGCUAACUUGGAUGACUACCUGCAUUUGUUACUACCUCCCAUUGUAAAGCUGUUUGAUGCUCCAGAUGUCCCACUGGUGGCUCGCAAAGCUGCCCUGGAGACUGUGGACCGCCUGACAGAAUCGCUGGAUUUCACCGAUUAUGCUUCACGGAUUAUUCACCCCAUCGUGCGGACACUAGAUCAAAGCCCUGAGCUACGGCCAACUGCCAUGGAUACAUUGUCCUCUCUGGUCUUCCAGCUAGGGAAGAAGUAUCAGAUUUUUAUCCCAAUGGUGAACAAGGUCCUGAUGCGUCAUCGAAUAAACCACCAGCGGUAUGAUGUUCUCAUCUGCAGGAUUGUGAAGGGCUACACCCUUGCUGACGAAGAGGAGGAUCCCCUGAUUUAUCAGCACCGAAUGCUGAGAAGCAACCAGGGAGAGACGCUGACCAGUGGCCCUGUGGAAACAGGACCUAUGAAGAAAUUACAUGUCAGCACCAUCAACCUGCAGAAAGCCUGGGGAGCAGCAAGAAGAGUCUCCAAAGAUGACUGGUUGGAAUGGCUGCGGCGAUUGAGCUUGGAGCUACUGAAAGAUUCCUCGUCACCAUCCCUGCGCUCUUGCUGGGCCUUGGCUCAGGCCUAUAACCCUAUGGCCAGAGAUCUCUUCAAUGCUGCCUUCGUUUCCUGCUGGUCCGAGCUGAAUGAAGACCAACAGGAUGAGCUGAUCCGAAGCAUUGAGUUGGCCCUCACUUCUCAGGACAUUGCAGAGGUGACUCAGACCCUGCUGAACUUGGCAGAAUUCAUGGAGCACAGUGACAAGGGUCCGUUGCCGUUAAGAGAUGAUAAUGGCAUUGUCUUGUUGGGGGAAAGAGCUGCUAAAUGCCGUGCCUAUGCGAAGGCCCUGCACUACAAAGAGCUGGAGUUUCAGAAGGGCCCCAGCCCAGCUAUUCUGGAGUCGCUCAUCAGCAUUAACAAUAAGCUGCAGCAGCCCGAGGCAGCUGCUGGGGUGCUUGAGUAUGCCAUGAAGCACUUUGGGGAGCUGGAAAUCCAAGCUACCUGGUAUGAGAAGCUCCAUGAGUGGGAGGAUGCCCUUGUGGCCUAUGACAAGAAGAUGGACACAAACAAGGAUGAUCCUGAGCUGAUGCUGGGACGUAUGCGUUGCCUGGAAGCACUCGGAGAAUGGGGGCAGCUUCAUCAGCAGUGCUGUGAAAAGUGGACGCUGGUAAACGAUGAAACUCAAGCCAAGAUGGCUAGGAUGGCGGCUGCUGCUGCUUGGGGCUUAGGUCAGUGGGAUAGCAUGGAGGAAUAUACUUGCAUGAUCCCAAGGGACACCCAUGACGGUGCCUUCUACAGGGCCGUGCUGGCACUGCAUCAAGACCUCUUCUCAUUGGCUCAACAAUGCAUUGACAAGGCCAGAGACCUGCUAGAUGCUGAGCUGACAGCCAUGGCAGGAGAGAGUUACAGUCGGGCCUAUGGGGCUAUGGUAUCCUGCCAGAUGCUAUCAGAGCUGGAAGAGGUUAUCCAGUAUAAACUUGUACCAGAACGACGUGAGAUCAUCCGCCAGAUAUGGUGGGAGCGACUGCAGGGCUGCCAGCGGAUUGUAGAGGACUGGCAGAGAAUACUUAUGGUCCGGUCUCUCGUUGUCAACCCCCACGAGGACAUGAGAACUUGGCUCAAGUACGCCAGCCUAUGUGGCAAGAGUGGGAGACUGGCUUUGGCCCACAAGACACUUGUACUACUCCUGGGAGUAGACCCAUCUCGACAGCUGGAUCACCCAUUGCCAACAGUUCAUCCCCAAGUGACGUAUGCCUAUAUGAAACACAUGUGGAAGAGUGCCCGCAAGAUCGAUGCCUUCCAACAUAUGCAGCACUUUGUGCAGACAAUGCAGCAACAAGCACAGCAUGCCAUCGCAACCGAAGACCAGCAGCACAAGCAGGAACUCCACAAACUCAUGGCACGGUGUUUCCUGAAACUGGGCGAGUGGCAGCUUAAUCUGCAAGGCAUCAAUGAGAGCACUAUCCCCAAAGUCCUGCAGUACUACAGUGCCUCAACCGAGCACGACGGCAACUGGUACAAGGCCUGGCACGCCUGGGCAGUGAUGAACUUUGAGGCUGUGCUUCACUACAAACAUCAGAACCAGGCCAGAGAUGAGAAGAAGAAACUGCGUCAUGCCAGUGGAGCCAGCAUCACCAGCGCCAACACGGAGGGCAGCAACAGUGACAGCGAGGCAGAGAGCACAGAGAACAGUCCCAUUCCAUCUCCUGUGCAAAAGAAAGUCACUGAGGAUUUGUCCAAGACCCUCUUGCUGUAUACAGUCCCUGCUGUCCAGGGUUUCUUCCGCUCUAUCUCUCUGUCUCGAGGCAACAAUCUACAGGACACUCUCAGGGUCCUUACUCUAUGGUUUGACUAUGGUCACUGGCCUGAUGUCAAUGAAGCUCUGGUUGAAGGGGUCAAGGCAAUCCAAAUAGACACCUGGCUGCAGGUGAUCCCUCAGCUCAUUGCAAGAAUCGAUACCCCUCGGCCUUUAGUGGGGCGCCUUAUUCACCAGCUCCUCACAGAUAUUGGAAGAUAUCACCCGCAGGCUUUGAUCUACCCCUUGACUGUAGCCUCUAAGUCCACCACAACUGCACGCCACAAUGCUGCCAAUAAGAUCCUGAAAAACAUGUGUGAGCACAGUAACACUCUGGUACAGCAGGCAAUGAUGGUGAGCGAAGAGCUGAUCCGUGUAGCCAUCCUCUGGCAUGAGAUGUGGCAUGAAGGGCUGGAAGAGGCAUCCCGUCUGUACUUUGGAGAGAGGAAUGUGAAGGGAAUGUUUGAGGUGCUGGAGCCUCUUCAUGCUAUGAUGGAGCGUGGGCCCCAGACCCUCAAGGAAACGUCUUUCAAUCAGGCAUAUGGCAGAGACUUAAUGGAGGCUCAGGAAUGGUGCAGGAAGUACAUGAAAUCGGGAAAUGUCAAGGACCUCACCCAGGCCUGGGAUCUCUAUUACCAUGUGUUCAGGCGGAUCUCUAAGCAGCUGCCUCAGCUCACGUCCUUAGAACUACAGUAUGUGUCACCAAAACUCCUCAUGUGCCGGGAUUUGGAAUUAGCGGUGCCAGGAACAUAUGAUCCCAACCAGCCGAUCAUCCGCAUUCAAUCCAUUGCACCAUCACUGCAGGUCAUCACGUCCAAGCAGAGGCCCAGGAAAUUGACAUUAAUGGGAAGCAACGGGCAUGAGUUUGUAUUCCUUCUGAAGGGCCAUGAGGACCUUCGCCAGGAUGAAAGAGUGAUGCAGCUCUUUGGACUAGUCAACACUCUGCUGGCCAAUGACCCGACAUCUCUGCGUAAAAACCUCAGCAUCCAGAGAUACGCCGUUAUUCCACUCUCUACAAACUCUGGCCUGAUUGGCUGGGUUCCCCACUGUGACACUCUGCACGCGCUCAUCCGAGACUACAGGGAAAAGAAAAAGAUCCUUCUCAAUAUCGAACAUCGCAUCAUGCUGCGGAUGGCUCCAGACUACGACCACCUGACUUUGAUGCAGAAAGUGGAGGUGUUUGAACAUGCUGUCAAUAAUACUGCUGGUGAUGAUCUUGCCAAACUGCUGUGGCUAAAAAGUCCCAGCUCCGAGGUGUGGUUUGACAGAAGAACUAAUUACACCCGCUCACUAGCUGUGAUGUCAAUGGUUGGGUACAUUUUGGGCCUUGGGGACAGACACCCUUCCAACCUGAUGCUAGACAGGCUGAGUGGAAAGAUCCUGCAUAUUGACUUUGGGGACUGUUUUGAGGUUGCAAUGACAAGAGAGAAGUUCCCUGAGAAGAUUCCAUUUAGACUUACAAGGAUGUUGACAAAUGCUAUGGAGGUGACUGGCCUAGAUGGUAACUACAGAAUCACCUGUCACACCGUGAUGGAAGUCCUGCGAGAACAUAAAGACAGUGUCAUGGCUGUGCUAGAGGCCUUUGUCUAUGACCCCUUACUGAACUGGAGGCUGAUGGACACAAAUACAAAAGGCAAUAAACGAUCACGAACAAGGACAGACUCCUAUUCAGCUAGUCAGUCAGUAGAAAUGUUGGAUAAUGUGGAGCUGGGUGAGACAGCCCAUAAGAAAACUGGGACCACAGUGCCUGAAUCCAUCCAUUCCUUCAUAGGGGAUGGGUUAGUGAAGCCAGAGGCUCUCAAUAAGAAGGCUAUUCAAAUUAUUAACAGGGUUCGAGAUAAACUCACUGGUCGAGACUUCUCUCAUGAUGAAACUCUGGAUGUACCCACACAAGUAGAAUUGCUCAUUAAGCAAGCUACUUCCCAUGAGAAUCUCUGCCAGUGCUACAUUGGAUGGUGUCCUUUUUGGUAACAGAAGAUUCCAGAGUAUCCACAGCCUUUAUUGGAGGCUUUUGCGCUCCAGAUAUAUUCUUCUACAAACUGAAAUCUUGGACUGAAAUACAGCCUGUCAAAUAUUUUGAAAUGUAAAUUAAAGAGUUAUUGUAUAUUAAAAGUUGGUUUAAGCCAAUUCAUAGCUGCUGUUGAAAAACACGAGUUGUCUGAAACAUAAGACUUGAUUUGGGUUUCCAGAACAAUGAAGACUGACCAAGCCACAAAUAUAUGGUUCACUUGGUCUUUGGGGAACUGGUGACCCAUUACAAAUAACAAAAUACGGGUUUUGACUUAACUUACAAUGUAACUAUACUAAAAUAUUUGCAGAUGAAUCAUUGCCCUGGUCAGUCCUGUUGCUGUGGCUGCAGUGAACUCAGUGCAGUCAUGCAAGAAUCCUCAUUUUAGUGUGGGGACAGAGUUGAAGGGUAGAGAGCAAGAGGAAAGAAGCAGAGUUUUUCUGUCUGUAUUACCCCAUUAUCUCACCUAUCCCAAAACUCUGUACACUCACCCAAAAUCAGAGGGAGGGAUUGUAGCUGAAAGGUUUGUAUCUGACCCCCGUGGUGAUGUAACCAGCACAUUUCAGACUAGAUCUGGAUAUAGGGGUAGAUCCAGGAUCGAAGACUCUAAGCCAGUCAAAGCAAGGUGGCUCAAAGAGGGUUGAUCUAUGGCAAGGAGGAUGCAAGGUAAACUCAGAAUACCACUUGGGAGCUUCCCACACUUGCGGACUAAAGAGCAGUAUUGGGAAAUAAUUAGGGAAACCUGAAUACUCAGCACAAAAAGCAGAAGGGAGGAGAACUGAGCAUACCUGGAAAUGGAGAGUAAUGGAUAUUAAACAUGAGGGUGAAGGUAAAUAAAGUUAUGAUUUAUUAAUAAAACAAAAUGCACAAAAUACGAAGUGUAGCCAUGUUUAGAUGCCAUGUUGUAUUUGAAUAUUUUUGUGCCAAUAAAUUACACAAAAAUGUAAAAAGA